GCGCUCCCCAGCCUUCUGCUCUGCGUCAUUUCCGGUAGUGUGUGUGUGUGCGCGUGAAUCCGUGUGUGUUCCUGCGUGCGGAGAUGGCGGGGGUGCGCGCGCUCGGUGUGUAUCGCGGUGUGUUAAAGGAGCUCCGGAAUCUUCAGGGCUCCGAAUAUACACAGUCCAUGGCUUACACACACCUGAGAGAACAGUUCAGGAGCAACCAGGUGACAGGCGAGCGCUACUGCCGUGCUAAGAAAGAGGCUCUGCACACCUGUCAGGUGUACCUGUGUCUGCUGGAGACCACACGUCUUCACAUGAACCUUCAUCAGCUGUACCACGGGCGAGGCGAGCGUGGCCCAGAGGAAGUGGCUCAGCUGGUGGGGCUGCAGAUGCCUACUCAGCCGGGGGGCAAGGGAUGGGAGGAGUGAGGGAGAGGAGAAGUGAGGAUGCUUAUGAAGAAGGAAAGUGAUCUGAAAGAUCAGCUGGAAUGAGACUGAUUAAGCCAUGAGUAAUUCCACAGGCUGUGAAUGAAUCUUACAUGGCUCCCUAUUCCCUGUGUAGUGCACUAUGUGAGUGUGCUGUUAUCAGACAAUGUAGUAACUGAACUGUAAUGUGCAGGUGUGUGUGAGAGUGUGAGUGAGUGUGUGAGUGAGAGUGACAGAGAAUGAUUGUCUUCACUGAAAAUAAAAGUAAUGAACAGUU